CAGUUGAAGGAAAUUUAAUCAUAUUUCGCAUUUAUCGGUCGGUUUGGGAAGUUAUGGAGAAUUUGGAGAGGGAUUUAGAGGAGAUGAGAGAUUACUUCAAGAGUGGGAAAACAAAAGAAAAAACAUGGAGAAUUUCGCAGCUCAAAGGCUUACGCCAAUUCCUAAACCACAAAGAAGAAGAGAUUUAUAGUGUUCUAAACCAAGACUUGGGAAAACACCAUGUCGAAGCUUUUAGGGACGAGAUUGGAACGUUGGCCAAGUCUCUGAACUUUGCUUUGGAACAUUUGGAUAAUUGGAUGUUACCCAAAAAGGCAAAACUGCCGGCAAUAGCUUUGCUAAGUUCGGCAGAAGUGGUUCCACAGCCUCUGGGCGUUGUUCUUAUAAUCUCAUCUUGGAACUUUCCGUUUGGGUUGUCGUUGGAGCCGUUGAUAGGAGCAGUGGCAGCCGGAAAUUGCGUGGUUGUGAAGACGUCGGAGUGUGCUCCGGCGAGUUCGGCGUUUCUGGCGAAAGGCAUCGGGAGUUAUGUGGACGGGAGAGGCGUGAGGGUUGUGGAAGGAGGGGCGGCGGUGGGCGAGCGGCUGCUGCAGCAGCCGUGGGACAAGAUUUUCUUUACAGGAAGUGCACGAAUAGGACGGAUUGUUAUGACGGCCGCCGUGAAACACCUGACGCCGGUGACUUUGGAGCUCGGUGGAAAAUGCCCCGCCAUUGUUGACUCCCUUUCAUCUUCUUGGGAUAUUCAGGCUGCAGCCAAACGACUCGUGAUCGGAAAAUUUGGAGCCUGUGCGGGUCAAGCUUGUGUAGCAAUCGACUACAUCCUUGUUGAGCAUAAAUUUAUAUCCACAUUGGUAGAAAUGAUAAAGAAAUUGAUCAAGGAAAUGUUCGGCAAAAGUCCGAAUCAAGCAAAAAGCAUGGCGAGGAUUGUAAACAAACAAAAUUUCUUGAGAUUGAAGAAUCUGCUGGAUGAACCUGGUGUCCGAGCUUCGAUCAUAUAUGGGGGAUCGAUGGACGAAGACAAAUUGUUUGUUGAGCCGGCUAUUUUGUUGAAUCCACCAAAUGAUGCAGAAAUUAUGAGAGAUGAAAUCUUUGGACCAUUCCUUCCCAUAAUCGGACUGGACAAGAUUGAAGACAGUAUAGAUUUCGUCAAUUUAAGGCCUAAGCCUCUCGCCAUUUAUGCCUUCACAAAAGAUAAAGCUUUCCAGAGAAGACUCGUUUCAGAAACUUCGUCCGGCAGCUUGACCUUUAAUGAUGCAGUUGUUCAGUAUGCAGCCGAUACACUCCCAUUUGGAGGGGUUGGUGAAAGUGGGAUUGGCAGGUAUCAUGGCAAAUUUUCAUUCGACACCUUUAGUCAUGACAAGGCAAUAUUGAAGAGGAGCUUUUUGCUCGACUUCUGGUUCAGAUAUCCACCAUGGAACAAUCACAAGCUUCAGCUGCUUAGACAAGCUUACAAUCUUAAUUAUUUUCAGUUUGUCCUCACUGUUUUGGGUUUGAAAAAGUCUUAAAAGAAGACACCUCCUUCUCUUGAGAGAUCCUCAUUCUACCGUAUAAAUAAACAAAAUGUAUUUUUGUUGUGUAAAAUGUAUUAAAUUUCAACGGGGACCUUCUGAUCUUAAUUCUUGUCUAGCAGCAUUUAUCCCUUAAAUGUUACAUGGGGCACCUUAUGAGCCAGUGUGAUCCCAACCGUAAAAAGUUAAACCUCUUUAUUAUUAUUUAUUUGAUGAGAAACAAGAACAUCCUAUUAGAUGAACAAAGGAAUUAGUGAAUUUUAUUUAAGAAUCAACAAAUUUUCGGAAGAUAGUAUCAAAAAACCAAAUACGAACUUUUGGUCCAAUCUUGAUUAGGUAUAUUAGAUCUUACUACAAAAGAAAAAUAUCCUCUUUUGGAAGUUACAGUAAGCAGAGAUAAUCGGUUAUUCCAUGGACAAAUUUAGUAGAUUAUUUCUCUUCAAUCUAGGUUCGAAAUCUCUCCUUGCAUAUUAAAAAGAAAAAGUUACAACAAGCCUUAUACUCUUUAGUUAGUCUUUCAAAUAGAAAAAAAGGAAAAAAAAAAAAAUCAAAAGCAAUGGAAGCCUAUAAUUUAGAUUACCACCAUGGACCAUGGUAUAUGUUCCUGUCGUAUUAAUGAACUUAUUUCACAGAUCAAACCUAAAAGGCACCGACAUCAGGCACCGACAUCAGGCACGAUAUUGCUUAAGAAAGGACAAAGCCAAAUUUAUCACAUGGGACCAAAAUUUUUCCCAACUAUAUAUAUUCUAUUAUAUGUUUAGAUAUUGCAACAAUGUGUGUGUGUUUUUUCGUUACCUGUUAGUGACUGGAUAGGUUGCUUCAAGAUUGGGCAACGGUUAUAGGAGGGAACUCUUGGGCGUUGAGAGUGAAGAAAUCAUCAUAAAGAAAUUAAGGAGAUUAAAGUUAAAAAUUUGUGGGGUAUGAACUGUUCUAAUUAGAUCGGUUAAUUUUAUUCCAAAUAUAUUUGAUAUUUGAAAUGCAUAAUCUGAAUGGUCGAGGGAAUUGAGUUCUAAAUUGUGCAUCUUGAAACAAUUUAUUAUUCACCAUAGAACCUUUUAUUUUUCUCUGCCAAGUUCUUCUACACAUGAACAAUUGCAUUCACAUUACCUACAUAUUGAUUGAUGUCACUGUAAAAUAGAUAACUAACAAACGUACUUUUACCAAUCUUUAAUUGUCUUAGAUGAUUAGAGAAUUAGAUUUACAAUAACAAGAAAAUAUCCGGAACUAUCAGAUCGCUUUAAGUUGAUAGGUCAGGACCUUUAACACUUGAAUAAUUAAUACAUAGCGGAGAGAAGUAAUUUUGCAAAAAUUUUAAUUUCAAAUUUUUCUGUCGUGAUUACGGGUUAAAUUACUAUGAGACCCAAAGUAAUGGAUAAAGUUUAGAAUAAAUUCAACUUUUAUCAAUAUUUAAUUAACUAUAACAAAGAAACAGCAGUCUUUUCUUUAGUGUUUUUUCUUUAUUUAGCGCAGUUUGAACUCGUUUCUAGCUCACAAGCAAAACUAACCGUAAGUUUAGUAUUAAGAACGACAGUUAGAAAGUUUACAAGCUCAUCAUCAUAACUUAAACACUAAAAUAGAAAUACAUAAUUUCAUAAAGUUUACAAUCUCGUCAUUAUAACUUAAACAUCAAAAUACAUAAAUUUUAAUGAAAUAGUGAUCAACACAAAUCCCAAACCAGAAAAAAAAAAA